AUGGCCAAUUUUCUAUCUACAAUUGGCAUUUCCAAGGGCGACAUUAUACCCCUGUUAUUAGACAAAUCCCCCCUAACCAUAAUUUCAAUCCUCUCUCUCCUAAAGCUUGGAGCAGCUUGCCUUCCCCUCAGUCCUGAGAACCCUCUGGAUAGGAAUCUAUUCGUGGCACUCGAAACUAACGCCAAAAUAGCACUCACGGAAACAAAAUACAUUGUGGUCACUCACGGAUCCUGCUCUGCGGUCAUCAAAUCCCUGCUCGAGUCGGAAGGGAAAGAGAACGGCAACUUCAAAACCCUGUUCCUUUCGAAUUACGUUUUUGACGCAUCUAUCUAUGACAUUUUUCUACCCUUGCAUAGAGGUGCUACCCUAGGCUUAGCCCAGGCGGAUCGACUUGUGAAUGAUUUGGCUGAAGUCAUCAACGAAAUUCAGGUCGAGCACAUGUUUUUGACGCCAACCGUGGCUCGUCUUCUCAAACCUGAUGAUGUCCCAUUACCUGAGUCUUUUUCAGUUGGGGGAGAGCCAGUUACACAGGAGAUUGUGGAUAUAUGGGCUGACCGUAUACAACUCAACAAUGUCUAUGGGCCAACAGAAACAUCUGUUAUGGUCACCCUAAAAAGGUGUUUCUCUGGCCUCUCGGGGAGGAACAUUGGCAAAGCUCUUCCUUCCGCCUUCCCGGCCAUCCUUCAAGCCACCGGUAAAAACCUGUCCCGUACGGUGCUGUUGGAGAACUUUGCAUUUCUUGGGCCACAGCUAGCGGUGGGUUACCUGAAGAGGCCAGAAAUUACAGAGAAGGCAUUAGUGCAACUUGACCUCAAGGGCAAUCGUCGAAUCUAUCGCACAGGCGAUCUGGUUUGCUUCCUGCCGGGCAAAGAAAUUGAGUAUAUGGGCCGAAAAGAUGACCAAGUUAAAAUUAAUGGACACCGAAUCGAACUUGGGGAGAUCGAACAUGCUAUGCUCAAGACUGACGAAAUGAAGGAAUGCUGUGUCAUUGUCGGGAACUGCGGAACCAAGGCUCACCUAGUUUCCUUCGUGGUAUUUCAACCUUCCUCUCAAGAUGGAGUCCUGACUUUGAAAGACUAUUCCGAACAAGUCCUCCGACUAAGAGAGGGUCUUACCAGCUUACUCCCAUAUAUGAUUCCCAAGGCCGUUCUUCCUUUAGGCUCGAUGCCACGAAUGCCAUCUGGGAAAAACAGAAAGCAUUUGAAGAUAAUCUCUGAGUCGUUGAGCCUCCAGAAUCUUGCGGAAUACUCAUUUGACGGAAUAGCUGCCUCUGGGCCCCAAUACAUUGUCCCCGCUAGUACAGAGAAACAAAAGUCUUUGCAAGCAGCAUGGGCCGCUAUCUUACACAUUUCUACUGAUACAUAUGGUCUCGAGGCAAACUUUCUAAGCCUAGGGGGUGACUAUAUUGCUGCCAUUAAUAUCGUCAGCCACCUUCACAAGGAUGGACACCUAAUAUCUGUAGGAGACAUUCUCAAGUUCCCAAAUCUCAAAGGGAAGACGGAUCGCAUGCGCGAAGAAAACGUCAAAGAUACGAAUGUGGAAAGACCAUCUUCAAGGCUCCACAUGAGAUUCGAUCUGCCAUUUCAACAUCUGGCCUUUUCCCUAAAGUGGAUCGUCAUGGCGGAGUCGCAGGUGACCAUGCCACAGCCGUAUGCGCUUGAAAUGGAAGUUGCGAAGAUGGCCAGUGGUGGACACAGGUUCAAGUUUACGUUUGAUGACCUGGCUAAGUAG